UGCUGCCGAUGAUCAUGUGUGAAGUUUGUUUUCGUCUUCGAUAAACAGAUGAUUUCAAAUUUUUCUUAUUACUGUGCCGUUUAUUAUCCUUAAUUACUGCAUAACAUCGAUAAAUAAAGUGUAUAAAGGAGAAUCAAGCGAAAAUUUCACUUAAAGAGGCUUUAUUCUUCGACUUGGUGAAUACAUUUAUGUUUCAAUUUGCAAAAACUAAAAACUUGUCUACUUAAAUUUUCAAUAAGUUUCUAUUAUAUACAGAGGAAAACACAUUAUUCAAUAUAUUAUAAUUAUUUUCCUGUAUUUCACAUACUGCUAAAAGAUGUAUGGAAGGAAGGCAUUUAAGCUAAUAACAGAAUUAGAUUUAUCUGCAGAGAUUCAAUUAUUCAAUGAGGUAUUAUUGAAUGAAGUUCUGGAGGAGAUGCAUACUCUGUAUGAUGCAAAUAUGACUGAUAGCAAUGCCAUUCGAAAUGAGGACAACAUGGCAUUGCUACCAUCGGUUCAACUAAGACAUAUAGCACUGACUAGAAACAAGAGAUGUGUCUUGUCAUACAUCUACAACAGAGUAAGGAAGCUGAGAGAACUAAGAUGGGAUCUGGGAAGUAUUCUACCACCGGAAAUAAACUCCAAUUUGUCAAAUGCAGAGAUUCAGUGGUUCCAGUCUUACAAUAAAUCCUUAGCUACAUACAUGAGGUCUCUGGGAGAAGACCAAGGAUUCAAUCUAACUGCGUGCAUGUUGCCUCCAAAAACUCCUUAUGUAGAGGUGAAGUGUAUGGUAGAUUUUGGUAAGCUGGAGCUGGAGGAUGGUCAAGUCAUACUACUAAAGAAAAAUACAUAUCACUUGCUACCCAGAGCUAUCUGUGAGUCACUCAUUAGGCAAGUUGCAUAUAGAUCAGGAUACUUAGGGAUCUACUGGAUUAUACUUGAAAACGACCUAGCUCCGUCUCAUUAAUGAUUCCCAUCGAAAAUCGUAUUCAAAAAUUCGUGUACCCGCAUAUGCUUAACCGACUCCAUUAGGAAUUUCCCCGAGAAGCUGAAAUUCUGUCAGGCGGUGCGCGACCACAAACAGUGUGAAGCUGAUCCGCGUUUGCUAUAACACGUUUUGCCUCGACAAUAGUGUGGAUUCUCUUAGCUCGUAGAUGCUACUCGCAUGUCCCAAUGCGCAUACAAAGCUUAAUGAUUAAGGUUUUCCUUCUAAUCGAGGACGACAGAAACAACUUUUCCACCGAUACUAUCAGUCCGCCGUCUAUUAUAGCAUGCUGAUCAUCGUGGCAGCGGAAGACACCUAUAAUUAUCCGGUAAGCGACCCACUUUACAUUUCUCAUUGAUCGAAAAUAUAAAAUAAAAUCGUCUGCAGAGCAUCUGGCAACGAAAAUGAUUAUAAAACAUGCUGGGGUUUUUACGGGCUCGUAACGGUAAUUUUUCGCUUAUUGAUCGAUCUAUGGGUCACGAGUUCAAUCUGAUUUUAAAUCACGAGCGUCGGCAAUCACGAGCGAUCAUCUGAUUGCAAUCUAAUUUCGUCGUGCUGGAACUCUCACAUUUCUUAUCGCGUUAAUUAUGCGAAACCUCUAGUACAUGCAUUACCGAUGUGCCGGAAAUUAUUAUGCCCAUUGCGUAAUUCUUUUGAGCCACAUAAAUAAUGCAUAUUUCCUUAUAAAACAAAAUUUGCAUCACAGAA